CCUUGUACGCAACAUCUACCAAUGCUGUAAAAAUCCCUGCAACUCUCUCUACCUCUCAAGCUCCACCAUGGACAAGAUUAUCCUCUCAAGCACUUCUAGUCCUCUAUCCAUCUCUUCUCUUCCUCCACUUCGCACUGUUACUUCCACAGCUUCUUUAUCUUCUCCGAAGAAGCUCUUCUUGUUGCGUUCGACUCAAAGUCAAAGAAAACUAUCCUCUUCUUCAAGAAGGUCAACCAGCUUCUGUAAAGUUCACAAGUCUACUACAAUAACAUGUGGAGCUAUUGCAGAGAUUAACGAAAGUGAGUUUCAAAAUGUCGUCUUAAAUUCUGACCGUCCAGUUCUUGUUGAGUUUGUGGCAACCUGGUGUGGUCCUUGUAGGUUAAUAUCUCCUGCCAUGGAAUCUGUGGCUCAGGAAUAUGGGGAUAGAUUGACGGUUGUUACGAUCGAUCAUGACGCGAACCCCAAAUUAAUUAAAGAGUAUAGAGUCUAUGGAUUGCCUGCUUUGGUUCUUUUUAAAGAUGGGAAGGAAGUGCCUGAAAGCAGAAGGGAAGGUGCAAUUACAAAGGCAAAACUUAAAGAAUAUGUUGAUGCUCUCUUGGAGUCCAUAUCAGUUGCAUAGACAUGGGUAUUCCUUCAACAUUUUCGCUAGUUUUGAGAAUCAUGUGAUGUGAGCAAAUGUCCAGCUUUCGUUGACAUUUUCUAAUAUUACGGUCUGUAUAGACAUCCAAUUGUAUAAUUUGAGCUGAUGAAUAACAUAGGACAUCAUUUUCAAGAGAAGAUCUUGAACUUCUUAAAUUA